CUGCAACACCGGAAUGACCGUUCUCAGCUAUCCCGCGAGUAACUCCUAGACCGCAUCUCUUCAUCUUUUGACCUUGCAUCCUUCCCUUCCAUCUCCUCCGCGCCGUUCCGCCGCCCUCCGCCUCCGCCAUGCCUACGGAGGACUACGACGCCCGCGCCCUGGCGCUCCCGCUGAACGGCGAGUCCCCCGAACGAAGCAACAGCCCCAUCUGGAGCCGACGCUCAGCUUCAUUCCGGCGCAAUAGCUCCCCGUUUUCGCGACAGGCGCCGUCGUGGCACCGCAAGCUGAUGGACCGGUACGACAAGCUCAAUCGGCGCGUAAUAAGCUCCUACAAUCGGCUAUCACCCGUCCAGAAAGUCCUCGUCGUAAUAGGAGGACUUGCCUGCUUCGUACUCUCGAUAUUGUUCCUAGUGUACAACGAGCGCAUCUUCCAGUCACUGCUGCCGGUUGCGAAGAAGUGGAGGGACGUUAGAGCUGGAUGGUUGAUACUGUGGGCUUUGAUAUUUACAGUAUCAUUUCCUCCAUUGAUUGGAUACUCGAGUCUUUUGACAAUAGCGGGUUUUGUAUAUGGGUUCCCGAACGGCUGGUUCAUAGCCGCCUCCGCAACUGUUGCCGGCAGCACAGCCUCCUUCCUCCUCUCGCGCUCCCUUCUAAAAACCAUGGUCCAUCGCCUCGUCGCAAACGACAAGCGCUUCGCCGCUCUCGCCCUCACUCUGAAGCACGACGGCCUAAAGCUGCUUGUCAUGAUCCGCAUGUGUCCCUUGCCAUACUCCCUCUCCAAUGGCGCCAUAGCCACCUUUCCCACCGUGCACACCGCCUCCUUCGCCCUCGCUACCGCACUCGUAUCUCCCAAGCUCAUGCUGCACAUCUUCAUCGGCUCGCAGCUCGAGAAGAUCGCCGAGAGUGGCGGGAAGAUGGAUGCGAAGACUAAAGCGCUGAGUUAUAUAAGCAUAGCGAUCGGAGCUGUUGCCGGCGUGGCGACAGGUUGGUUUAUGUACAAAAAGACAAAGCAAAGGGCGCGUCAGCUGGAGGCCGAGGAAAGGGCGGGGAUACGCCGGAUGUCUAUUGAGGAUUUGGAAAAUGAGUAUUCGGAUGACCCGGAAGCGCUGGAGGCUGCCGAGACCCUAAGGGAAGACGACGAUGAUAUCUCGCUACGGACAGGGUGGGGGGAUGAGUAUCACGAUGAUCCUACGGAUGCGGAGGAUGAUGCGCUCGAGAUCCCAGAUGUGGAGGAUGAUCCGUUUAGCUCGGGAGAUGGGGGAGACGAGGAGGAAAUCAGCAGUAAGAAGUGAGUUGUAUAUAUAACGCUUGCAGGAGUGUAUGAUAGACUCCAAUAGAAGGGUCAUAGGGUGGAGCAUUAGGCUUACGGCGUUCCGGGUACCGCAUGUCUUGGAUACAGGUAGAAAAUCGAUCAGAUGAGAUACCAAGGCAGUUCCUGGACCGAGACCGUUCGAAUGGUUCUCUCGGACUGGAUACUGCAGGUUCCUAACGUACGGG